AUUGACGGACAGAAAAAAAGUUCCUCGAAGAUCUUUCUUUACCUCCGCGUACGAUAGACCUUGCUCCUCUCUCUCUCUCUCAUCGCGACCUUCGCCUCUCUUUCCCGUAAUCGCCGUCUUCAACGAGAUCUAUCUUCCACGGUUCAUAAGAUGCUUGACUCCAUCAGGGUUUCGCUUUAGGGUUUCCAAUAUAACGAUUCAAAGCUCCAUUUUCAGGGUUUUAUUAUUCAAAUGGAAACCUCAAGCACCAACAACGACACCACCUUCAGAGGCUCUCCUCGGAGAAACUCCUCAAUCCUCUCAGCUUCUAACCUCAUCCAAGCCCCCAUAUCAACCUUACUAGAGUACUCAGGUCUAUUUCGACCGAGGCCAACGAGUCCCAGCCACGAGGCCGCCGAAACAACAUCCCUCGUCAAUAGCAGCAGCGAUGAUUCUCCAACGAUGAUCUCCAGCGGAGGAGGAGAGGUCGCCAUUAGGAUCAUCGGCAACGAGGAGCAGGACGCUGCUGCUGCUGAAAGUGAUAUCACCGGCACUGCGGCUCAGAGCGAAGCUCUGGGUGGUGGUUCUGCUUCGAGUCCCACUGGAGAAGGAGGUGAAUCUGUUACCGGAGGAGAUGCUGCGGCCAGCUCGCCUUACCAGAGAUAUGAUAUUCAGCAGGCUGCGCGCUGGAUCGAGCAGAUUCUUCCCUUUUCUUUGCUUCUCUUGGUCGUCUUUAUCCGCCAGCAUCUCCAGGGUUUCUUUGUUGCAAUUUGGAUUGCUGCUGUCAUGUUCAAGUCGAAUGAUAUUUUGAAGAAGCAAACUGCAUUAAAGGGUGAGAGGCAGAUCUCGGCUUUAAUCGGGAUCUCUGUAGCGUUUGCUGCCCAUGUGGUUGGUGUUUAUUGGUGGUUCCGUAAGGAUGACCUCUUGUAUCCCUUGAUCAUGUUCCCUCCCAAGUCCAUUCCUCCUUUCUGGCAUGCCAUUUUCAUCAUCGUCGUCAAUGAUACACUAGCACGGCAGGCCUCGAUGAUAUUAAAGUGUUUUCUCUUGAUUUACUACAAGAACAGUAGGGGUCGGAACUAUCGUAAACAGGGUCAAUUGCUAACUUUGGUUGAAUAUAUGAUGCUUCUGUAUCGCUCUUUGCUGCCUACCCCUGUAUGGUACCGUUUCUUCUUGAACAAGGAUUACGGAAGCCUCUUCUCUUCUCUCAUGACAGGACUGUAUCUCACUUUCAAGCUCACUUCUGUAGUUGAGAAGGUUCAAUCCUUCUUUACGGCGUUGAAAUCUUUGUCUCGCAAAGAAGUGCAUUAUGGAUCGUACGCAACUACAGAGCAGGUGAAUGCUGCGGGCGACCUGUGUGCCAUCUGCCAGGAGAAGAUGCACACCCCAGUUCUUCUUCGCUGCAAGCACAUGUUCUGCGAAGAUUGCGUUUCAGAAUGGUUUGAGAGAGAGAGGACAUGUCCUCUGUGCAGGGCCUUGGUGAAACCAGCAGAUCUGAAAUCAUUUGGUGAUGGAUCCACCAGCCUUUUCUUCCAGAUAUUCUGAUUAAACAUG